AUGUCUCCUUCCAAGCCAACCAUUAUCGUCCUUCAUGGCUCAUGGCAUAGUCCACCUCACUACGAGCGUCUGACGUCCCUCCUCACUGAAGCUCAAUACCCACCCAUUUGCCCCACUCAGCCAACAUUCGACGCCAAACCUCCCACCAAGACUCUUUAUGAUGAUGCAGAUUUCGUCCGCUCCAUGCUGACAGAGCUCGUCGAACAAGAACAAAAAGAAGUUAUCUUAGUCUUGCACUCUUACGGUGGAGUUCUGGGGACCCAGGCCGUGACUGAAGACUUCUCAAGAUCAGCUAGAGAGAAGAAGGGAUUGAAGGGAGGUGUCAUACACCUCCUCUUCAUGACAGGUUUCGUACUUCACAAUGGUGAAUGCCUUGCCUCACCGCUAGGUGGCAGUUUGCCUCCAUUCAUUCCUGUCGAGGAAGAUGGAUCCUGCAAUAUGCUCGAACCGGCUCGCAGACUCUACAACGAUCUUCCAACUGCUGAGCAGGAACAUUGGGUCUCUCUUCUCCGACCACACCCCGAAAUAGCCUCGCUUACACCGCUCACGAAUGUGGGGUAUAAGUACGUGCCGAGCACGUAUCUAUUCUGCGAGAAUGAUCAAGCUCUACCUCUUGAGGUUCAAAAGAGUAUGGUUGCUAGUGUUGAAGGUGAGGUCUUUGGGGGAAAGAUGGGUGAAGUGAGUUGUGGUGCAGGGCACAGCCCAUUUCUGAGUAUGCCAGAGAAGGUUGUCGAGGUUAUUGAUGGGUUGUGGUAG